AUGGAGGACCUCAUCGACCAUUUGCCUAAACUACCUGAAAUUCAGCAGCAAAAACUAACUAUUCCUGAAUUCGACGAAAUUGAAGUCAAAGCAACUGACUCAGUAGAAAUUAAGAAAUUCAUACGUAAAGUAAAUUAUGAAUUCCUUGGUUUUCAUUGCAACCAUAAAGUUAUGGACAAAGAUUGCGACAUGGUUUAUAAAAAUAUUUCUGACCUUUACAAAUCCGAAGAAUUUAAGACAUACGAUAACUUUGUUUCAUUAGUUGCAAAAUGUGUAUGGCAGAUAAGAGAUAAAGAUAGAAGAGGUAAAGUAUGGAAUGAACAGAUAAAACCAGCAGCUUUUGAGUUAAAGAAAACCAUUGACGCCUUAGUUGUUCUAGCUGGUUUUAUUUCAAUGUAUAACGCAAAAACGAUGCCGCAAUGUUCAAAAUGUAAAGCAGCAAUAAGAAAAUAUAACUACUCAGUCAAAGAGAUAGAAAGAAUGCGAAACGACUAUGCAGACUUAAAGAAAGCAGCAGAAAAGCCAGCAGAAGAUAAAAUGGAUAUGUUGACAUUUCUUAAUAAAAACUAUCCAACAGCAGAAGAUUUCCUUCUGUCUGACGUCAAGAAGAAAUAUAAAGAGACUUUCGGCAUGAUUAAAACAUUCGAUGUACUAAAAGAAGAAAUAGAAGCUACGAAAUUGUUUAGGAUUUCAAAUAUACAUCGUACAAUUCAUGUAAAACGCUUGUGA